AUGGAACAGAAAAAUGGAAGUUCUUUCGCUGGAUUCAUCCUAUUGGGCUUCUCUGACAGGCCUCAACUGGAGUUAGUCCUCUUUGUUAUUCUUCUGCUCUUCUAUAUCUUCACUUUGCUGGGAAACACAACUAUCAUUACACUGUCCCAACUGGACCCAAAUCUUCACACACCCAUGUACUUUUUCCUCUCCAACUUAAGCUUUCUUGACCUGUGUUAUACAACUAGUAUUGUUCCACAGCUCCUGGUUAAUCUCAGUGGAGCUGACAAAUCUAUCUCCUAUGGUGGCUGUGUAGUUCAGUUAUAUGUGUCUCUAGGCUUGGGAUCUACAGAAUGCAUCCUGUUAGGUGUCAUGGCACUUGACCGCUAUGCAGCUGUUUGCAGGCCUCUGCACUACACUGUAAUCAUGCACCCUCGUCUGUGUGCCCUGAUGGCUUCUGCUUCAUGGAUCAUUGGUUUUUCCAACUCCUUAUUGCAGACAGUGUUGAUCUUUCUUAUGCCACUUUGUGGGAGAAAUAAGUUGGACCAUUUUCUUUGUGAGGUCCCUCCAAUGCUCAAGAUUGCUUGCGUUGACAUCACUAUGAAUCAGACUGAGCUCUUCUUUGUCAGUGUUAUCAUUCUUUUCAUACCUGUUGCCUUAAUCACGUUCUCCUAUUUUCGUAUUGUCAGGGCCAUAUUAAGAAUAAAAUCAGCGGCUGGUCGAAGAAAAGCCUUUGGGACCUGUGGAUCCCACCUUAUAGUAGUGUCUUUGUUCUAUGGCACAGCCAUCUAUGCUUAUCUAAAACCUAACAAUAACUACUCCCAGGAUCAGCAAAAGUUUAUAUCUCUCUUCUACACUGUUAUUAUUCCCAUGAUCAACCCCCUGAUAUAUACACUGCGGAACAAAGAUGUAAAGGGAGCGAUGAAGAAGGUGUUUUGGAAGGACUUUGGUUCCAAAUGA